AUGAGUGGGAAGCAAAUGGAUGUUAUUGCAUCCAUCCAAGAAUAUAUAAAUAAAAUUCUCACAAAUAUUCAAGGCAUGAAAGUUUUAGUUUUAGAUAAAGAAACUGCAGGUAUAGUGAGUAUGGUUUAUACACAAUCAGAAAUUUUACAAAAAGAAGUAUUCUUAUUUGAAAAGAUUGAAAACACAAAAGAAAAAAUGUUACAUAUGAAAGGUGUAUAUUUUAUCAGACCAACACAAGAAAAUAUUCAAUCAAUUUGUGAUGAAUUAAAAGACCCAAAAUUUAAUAAAUAUCAUUUAUUUUUUACAAAUACAAUUUCAAAAGUUUCAUUAGAUGAAAUUGCAAAAGCAGAUGAACAAGAUGUAGUAUCAGAGAUUCAAGAAUAUUUCGGAGACUUUUUCGCAGUUAAUCCAGAUACAUUCACAUUGAAUUUACCAGGAAUGUUAACAAAGAAAUCACCAAGAUGGCAGGGUGAUGUUGGCAGAGUUGUCGAUGGAUUAUUCUCAAGUUUAUUAGCAUUGAAAAAGAAACCUGUAAUUCGUUAUUCAAGUAAUUCAGAUACAACUCGUUAUUUAGCAGAGAAGAUCACUGAACGUAUGAAUAGAGAUCGUGAUCUUUUCGAUUUUAGAAGACAAGGUGAACCAUUAUUAUUGAUUUUAGAUCGUAAAGAUGAUCCAAUCACUCCAUUACUUCAUCAAUGGACUUAUCAAGCAAUGAUUCAUGAAUUAUUAACCAUCAAUAACAAUAGAGUUAGUCUUGCAAAAGCACCAGGAAUCAAAGAUGAAUUAAAAGAAGUGGUUCUCUCAUUAGAUCAUGAUAUCUUUUACAAAGAAAAUCUUUAUAAAAAUUUUGGUGAUCUCGGUGCAAGUAUUAAAGAUUUAGUUGAUCAAUUUCAAGAUAAAAUGAAUACAAAUCAAAAUAUUCAAACAAUUGAUGAUAUGAAAAAGUUUAUUGAAAAUUAUCCAAAUUUCCAAAAAUUCUCAACUACUGUAUCAAAACAUGUUUCGUUAAUGGAUGAAUUAAAUAGAUUAAUUUCAUUAGAUAAUUUAAUGGAGGUAUCAGAGGUACAACAAGAAUUAGCAUGUAAUCAUGAUCAUAACAGUAUUUAUAAUCAUGUUUUAGAAAUUGUAAAUGAUUCAAAAUAUACUGAUAGAGAUAAAUUAGUAUUAGUACUUUUAUAUAGUAUUAGAUAUGAAGAUGGUAGAGUUUGGGAAUUAAAAGAAAAAUUAUCAAGUAUUGGUAUUCCUCCAAAAGAAAUUGGUUUAAUUGAUACAUUAAGAGGAUAUGCAGGUGCAAGUUUAAGAGAAGGUGAUUUAUUAGGAACUAAAAAUAUUUUUUCAUUUGCAAGAAGUGUUGUUAAACGUGGUUUACAAGGUGUUUCAAAUAUUUAUACUCAACAUAAACCAUUAUUACAUGAUAUUUUAGAUAGUAUUUUAAAGAACAAAUUAAAAGAAACCUCUUAUCCAUACUUAUCAACAACUCAAUCAAGAGAGAGACCACAAGAUGUAAUUAUAUUUAUGGUUGGUGGUAUCACUUAUGAAGAGGCAUUAACCGUUUACACUUUUAAUUCUUUAAAUACUGGUGUUUGUCGUGUUGUAUUAGGUGGUACUUCAAUUUUAAAUCGUGAACAAUUUUUAGAAGAUUUAUCAAGUACUCAAAUUUCUAAUCCUUCUAGUAGUAGUGGUAGAAGAUAA